UCUUUUUUUUUCCAGAUUCUGACUGGCCUGCCGAAUUUCGGGGUGCAAAUGGUUCCCAGAAAUUAAUGAACAUCAAGUCUUCCUUUGCCAAUCAGCUCCUGCUGGUUUCUCUGCUGGAGCAUCUUUGCCACGUCUACGCUCAAGAUCGGACGUGUUCGAGACGAUUGUUUCAAUUACUCUGUAAAACAUUUACUGAGAUGGGCUUGCUUUCCGAUUUUGCCAUCUGUGAAGAAUUCAGCAGUUUGCGACUGCAGCAUAAUCGAGCCAUUACUGAACUAAUGAAAGCAGCCGAGAAGCAAAUACACAAUGAGGAAGUUGGUCAUGGUGAUUCCUACAGAAACAAGGAGAACGAAAUCCUUUUUGAAGCACAGACAUCCCGUUACGUUAACGAAUUUGAUGAGAUUUCAAAGCUUGGGAAAGGAGGGUAUGGAACAGUAUAUAAGGUCAAAAAUAAACUUGACGGUCAAUUCUACGCGAUUAAAAAAAUCCUGAUUAAGAAAGCCACCAAACGAGACUGCAUGAAGGUCCUACGGGAAGUGAAAGUCUUGGCUCAGUUGCAGCAUCCUAACAUUGUUGGUUACCACACGGCUUGGAUGGAACAUGUUCAACCAGCAUGUCCAAAAGGUGGCUUAGUCUUAGAUCUUCCAUCUCUCAAAAUAUCUUCGGAGCCAGGAAAUUCUGAGGACCAGAGUUGCAUUCAAGAAAUGGAAGGCAGUUCCAUCAUCUUUGCCAAUCAGACUGGGGAGGAUUCUUCCGGCAGAAAUGCUAAGGGAAGCAAAGGGAAUUCUUGCACGCUUCCUCCUGGGACAUACGGCGGCAGCAGUGACAAUGACACGAGCAACAAAUCGAGGGACAACGGAAAUCAGGCCUCGCUCUUACGUCGCUGCGAUGAAAAUGGGGACCACGCCAAUGCGAAUGAUUCUUAUAGUGAUGAAGACUCCGAAAUGGAGAUACCUUCACCCCAGUCUUGUACGACCGAAUAUCACCUGAUGCUUCACAUACAAAUGCAACUGUGCGAAACCUCCUUGUGCGACUGGAUUACCACCAGGAAUGACGUAUGUCUGACAGCCAGGGAUGCCUCUAAUCAUUAUCAUCAUAUCGAGAAACACUGGACCUUAAAGAUUUUCCAGGAGCUGCUAGAAGGAGUGUACUAUAUCCACACUAACGGAGUCAUGCACCGGGACAUUAAACCCCGGAAUAUCUUUCUCCAAGGACCGAACCAUCAUGUGAAAAUAGGGGACUUUGGGUUAGCCUGUAGAGACAUUAUAGAGGAAGAUACAAUCCAACUGCUAAGCGCAGAGAAUAAUUAUGCGCUCAUCCAUACCUCCGGAGUGGGCACUUGUCUGUAUGCUUCACCUGAACAACUCCAAGGAUCUCAUUAUGAUUUCAAGUCGGAUAUGUACAGUUUGGGCGUCAUCCUGUUUGAACUCUUCCAGCCGUUUGGGACAGAAAUGGAGAGGACAGAAGUUCUGAUGGGCUUAAGACGGGGCAGCCUCCCGCUCACUUUUUGUGGGAAGUGGCCAAUACAGGCCAGAUAUGUGAAGCUGCUGACCAGCCACGCAUCCUCGCGGAGACCGACAGCCCUUCAGUGGGUGUGA